AUGCUUUCCCACAUUUCGGCUUCUCUCUCGCUUUCUUCUUCUUCUCCUCUCGCCGCCACUACUUCGCCCAUAGCCCUCCGUCGCCUCCGCCCUUCUCUCUCCAAAUAUCUAAGGCCGAAACUCCGUUCCCACCCCUUCAAAUUAUUACUGAAACGCCACUCCAUAUUUUCAAUGGAGACCAACCCUUCAACAACUGCCUCUGUCUCCGUCGAUUCCAUUUCAGAUGAUAAGAAAAAUGAAACAUUAGAAAAUAAUAGUGUCAUAAAUAGUAAUAGAGUGAAAUUGAAACUGGAAGAAUUGAGGUGGGACAACUCAUUUGUUCGGGAACUUCCUGGUGACCCAAGAACAGAUUUAAUUCCACGACAGGUAUUGCAUGCUUGCUAUACUAAAGUGUCUCCAUCUGUUGAGGUGGAGAACCCUCAGCUUGUUGCAUGGUCUGAUUCAGUUGCUGAGUUACUCGAUUUGAAUCCUAAAGAAUUCACUAGGCCUGAUUUUCCACUGAUAUUCUCUGGAGCAUCACCAUUGGUUGGAGUGAUGCCUUAUGCUCAAUGUUACGGAGGACAUCAGUUUGGGAUGUGGGCUGGUCAAUUGGGUGAUGGUCGUGCUAUCACUCUUGGAGAGGUUCUGAAUUCAAAGAUGGAGAGGUGGGAAUUGCAGCUUAAAGGUGCUGGAAAGACUCCUUACAGCAGGUUUGCUGAUGGUCUAGCAGUCUUGCGAAGUAGUAUCAGGGAAUUUCUCUGCAGUGAGGCAAUGCAUUAUCUGGGAAUCCCGACAACGCGUGCGCUUUGUCUUGUGACAACUGGAAAAUAUGUCACGCGAGACAUGUUUUACGAUGGCAAUCCAAAGGACGAGCCAGGUGCAAUUGUUUGUAGAGUUUCUCAAUCGUUUCUACGCUUUGGUUCGUAUCAAAUACAUGCAUCCAGAGAGGAUCUUGACCUUGUUCGUACUUUGGCGGACUACACCAUUCGGCAUCACUUCCCCCAUUUAGAGAAGCUGAGAAAAAGCGAUAGUGUUUCUUUCAGCAUUGGUGGAGGAGAUAAUUCAGUUGUGGAUUUAACUUCAAACAAGUAUGCAGCUUGGGCUGUAGAAGUUGCUGAAUGCACGGCUUCCUUGGUUUCAAGCUGGCAGGGAGUUGGUUUUACGCAUGGAGUCCUGAACACCGAUAACAUGAGCGUGUUGGGACUUACGAUUGAUUAUGGUCCUUUUGGAUUCCUGGAUGCAUUUGAUCCCCGUUACACCCCAAAUACUACUGAUCUUCCUGGGAGAAGGUACAGUUUUGCAAAUCAACCUGAUAUUGGCUUAUGGAAUAUUGCACAUUUUACCACAACUCUUUCGACGGCUCAGUUGAUAAAUGAUAAAGAAGCAAACUAUGCCAUGGAGAGAUAUGGGACCAAAUUUAUGGACAAAUAUCAGGCCAUAAUGACCAAAAAACUUGGUUUGCCUACAUACAACAAGCAGUUGAUCAGCGAACUUCUUAAAAACAUGGCUAUUGAUAAAGUUGACUACACAAAUUUCUUUCGGUCGCUUUCAAAUACCAAAGCUGAUCCUACCAUUCCAGAAGAUGAGCUGCUGAUUCCAUUGAAGGCUGUUCUGCUGGAUAUUGGUAAGGAGCGCAAAGAUGCAUGGACCAGCUGGGUGAAAUCCUACAUACAGGAGCUCUCUGCUAGUGAUACUUCAGACGAUGACAGGAAGGUCUCAAUGGACUCCGUAAAUCCCAAGUACAUACUUCGAAAUUAUCUCUGUCAAAGUGCCAUUGAUGCAGCAGAAUCUGGUAAUUUUGAAGAGGUUCGUCAGCUGCUGAAAGUUGUGAAUCGUCCAUACGAUGAUCAACCCGGAAUGGAACAAUAUGCACGCUUGCCACCCGCUUGGGCUUAUCGUCCGGGUGUUGGAAUGCUUUCUUGUUCUUCUUGA